CGAACAUUUACUGAAAAUUUAAAUAUUUUUUAUCAAAAUGAAGGUUUUUGUAAUAAUUGCGCUAGUUUGCUUAGCGGAAUUAUCGUUCGGUUUGAAAUUGUACAGCAGAAUUAGGAGAACUGUCGGUUGUGGUGCUGGCGGCUGCGGUGGUGGUGGUGGUUGUGGUGCUGGUGGAUGUGGUACCGGAGGGUCGAGCGGUGGAGGCUGCGCCGGGGGCUCCUGCGGAGGUACAGGUCCAGCCUACGUUCCAGGGGGAUCGGGAACCGGAACGUCCUGGUCUAGCGGGUGGUCAUCUGGGACACCAGUCCAGGUAAGCCAACCAUCCGGUUCAUCAUGGUCAAGGACCUGGUCUUCCGGUUCCGGUGGGGCUCCAGGCGGCAGCAACAUGGGCGGCUCGUCUUUGCCAUCUGGUGGAAUGGGAGGUAUCGGCGGCGGCUCUUCCGGUAGUCGAUCUUCCUGGUCACGAAAAUCAUCUUGGUCGUCUGGGACUUCAGGCGGCAGUCCUGGUGGCGGUUGCGCCGGCGGAUCCUGUGGGGGAGGCGGCUCCGGUGGAACCGCUCCUGGUGGCGGUUGCGCAGGGGGCUCCUGUGGGGGCAGAAGAUCGGGAGGUUCGAGCGGCGGAUGCAUGUUUGGCUGUAAGGUCAGAUACUAAAACCCACUGCCCGAUACUCACCAGAUCAACCGAUUUCACAUUGACUUUUACCUUUACCGUUUGUUAUAUUGUAUACAUGCAAUUCUCCAAAUAAAACCCGGAGAUGAAA